AUGGUCAACAACCGGGUGGAUGAGGUGCAUAUUGCUGAGUUUUAUGAUGAAGUCUUGCGUCCUGCCAUCAUUCACAUAAUCCCCCAUUCUGCCCCUUCAUAUCCCCCCUACCACCUACUAGAUGGUAUCCUUUCCCACACUAAGGAUGGGAAGGUGGUUGGUGGAAAACGACUCUUUGCCUCAUCUCUCCUUCAUGACUUGGUCCUCCAGAUGAGGCACUGCCUCCAGAUAAAGGCAGAAAGGCUUAAAUGGGCAUGCAGCUUUUUCUUUGGCUUAGAGAUCAAGGGCAUAAAACUUAGCACCACACAUCCAAUUCCCUUGGAGGAUGCCCAUGCCCAUUCUCCUGAAGAAGAGACAGCAUGGACACAAAUCCUUGGGCUCUUCAACCAUCAAUUAUCGGCAGAGGAGCAGAGAAGCACAUGGGUGGAUGUGGGGCUGGAAAUCCACAGGAGGGAAUUCGUCCUCCACUGGGAUGCAUCCAAGCAUCAUGAUGUCCUUCAGGUCCUUGCCCAUGGGUAUCAGGGAGAGGUUGAAAGAGGUUGGACCACACCAGGACGAGAAGGGUACUUUUGUGAUGUUCAAGCAGGCAUCCUAUCUUUGGCUGGUGGCCAUUGUGCAUUACCCCAUCGUGCACGGUUGCCUGUUUAUGCACAGUGGUAUGCUUCUGAGAAGGCAGUGGCCAGAAGGGCAGACAAAUUCCAUCCCAUGCUGGAGAUUAGCAAGAAAAACGUCCUCCUGGAGAAGAACCAAAAGAAACUCCAGCGAGAAUUCGAUAACCUGGAUCAAGUGUGGAGUUUAGCCAACGAGGAGUGCACAGAGGGAACAGCCAGAAUGGAGAUUUGUGUGCCACUGGGGAAAGCAAGGAAUGCAUUGAGGAGGGGCAUAACCAGGGAGUUUAUCGAGGAAUGCACCAUCUCUCUCAUAGCAGCUCAGCAGAAUGCCACCCCCAAGUCCAGGGUGCAGCCUUAUGCAUUGGAGCUCACUGCAGCACUCCUAUGGCACAUCAACAUGCUCAACAGCAGGCCUGCCACAGGCUCCUCAGAGCAUGCACUCAUGUGUGCUUCCCUCCCAGUGACCAAUAACUUCUUACACCCAGAUGUCCUGGAUGGACGUGACAGAAACCCUCACAGAGACCAGGCUGAGGGUGAACAAUGUCGCCCAUUUGCACCUGGAAAUGUUCUCUGGUUCAGGGACAUCAGUUAUGGUGGCCCCUCCAAUUGUGGGCGAAUCGCCCCUUCAUUCAGGGCACAUACCACACUUGGACUGGUACGAUGGUGGCCACUGGAUGAGGACCAUUUUAACCACCUCCUGGGCUAUUCUGUCGAGGAGAUCAAAACACUGCUCUCAGCCACCCUCUACACUGCAGUAAGAGCCCCUUUCCGUCUCCCCAGACCUCACCAUACAGAAGCCCCCCCUGUACUCGAACCAGAACAUGAGCUUCCAGCUGAUCUUCAUGUCAAACUCAAGAAGCACCAUAUCAAGCACCUGAGGACUGCCUACUCUGUUGAAGACCACCAUUCUGUACCUCAGCUUGUUCAAGGGACCACCUCAAUAAUCUACACAAAGUCUCUCCACCAGAUUAUCCAGUAUUUCUAUUCCAACGUCCUGCAGACCAUCCCAGUACCACAGACCCCAUCUUCUGAUGUGUUCUAUCACAUCGUCUGUGAUCCAGACAACCUUAUCGAUCAUCCUGGUAUGGAGUACUUUGAGGAACCAGAUCUGCAUAAAAGUGGUUUCAUUGGAGCUCACCUCUGA